AGGAGGAGGACGUAUGAAAGACGGAGACGAAGUGAAAGCUUUGGUGACAAUGAUGAGGAAACGGAGGCGACACGUGUGCAUCCUUCUACCCAGCAAGCAGCACAUGGACUGUACUGUGACGGUGAGCUCCAGAGGCCGCGAGGUGUUGAACGUCGUGCUGAAGCAGCUCGGCGUCAGUGAUCUCCAAGUGUUUGGUCUGGCUGUUGUCAGAGGUCGGCUGUUUUUCUGCGUGGGGGCGUUCAGGAGGACAUGUUUUGACUUCAUAUCCUGUGGAAUGCUGAGAUAACGAAUAUCUGUUUCUGGAUUUGGAGCAAAAGCUGAGCAACUACUUCGGCAGAAGAUGGAACAUGGGAUCCUUAGCGGUCCCAUUCAUCUUAUUUCUGAGAGUGCAGUAUUACGUAGAGAGUGGGCUGCUAAUAUUGAGCAGCAAAGUGCAGCAGCUCUACUACACUGAGCUGAGGCAGACGGUGCUGCGUUCACAGAGCCGCCACCAGGAGGCGCUGUUCUUCCAGCUGGCGGCCUCCGCUCUCCAAGCUGAGAUCGGAGAUCGGGAGCAGAGGGAAUGGAGUGAAGGAGAGAAGAAACAUAAAUACAGAAAUUACUUUCUUCCUGAAGAUUACUUCCCUUCAUGGCUUAUAAAGCACAGGGGGAGAGAUUUCCUGCUCCAGCACGGUCCGGUGUUGCAUGAUGAGCUGAGCGGGCUGACGCGCAGCCAAGCCAUGCUGCAGUUUAUAAAAGAAGCCAGCGGGCUGCAGGACGGAGCGGUCACCUUCUACAGGAUGAAAGAGGAGAAAAAAAAGCUGAGAAGUCUCAUCCUUCUGGGUGUGGCGGUGAAAGGAGUCCACAUUUACCGGGAGGUCGGAGGGAAGCUGUGUUUGCUGUACGACUUUUCCUGGACCGACGUCGACCGCUUCACUGUCCAGGUUUGUUCUUUGCAGACUUGCACGGCACAUGUUCAGAUAUUCACUUGUCGCUCUGCCACUCUUCAGGGCUGCAGGUUUGAAAUCGCUGCAGUGGCCUCGCUGUGCCUCCCUAAGCUGGUGUACUACACCCCGUCAGCCUUCCACUCCAAACACAUCCUCAGACACCUCAGCGACAGCCACCGGUUCCACAUGAACACCAGAGACGCACUGAGCUGCAUCCGACAGCUGGAGGACGUGCAGGACCGUCACCACUACAAAGAGGCCUACGUCUGUGACACGGCGCAGCUUAGUCAGAGGCUCAGCUGCAGCAACCUCACGUCCUCCACGUCCGACUGCAGCGCUGCAGCACGAGCAGCCACAGCCCAGCCUGGAGAGGAGGAAGAGGAGGAGGAUGGAGUCGCUCCAUCAGAAGCUGACAUGUUGCUGCUGGAUGAAUCAGAGGAGGAUUUCGUCGACGACCCGGCUGAGGUUCCCUGGCUGGCGGAGCUGCUGCAGAGCACGUCCGUGGUCAGACCUCUGAUUUUAUCCUCUCCUCGCUGGGCAGCUGUCACCAUGGAGAUGAAACAGGUUCUGUGGAGGAGAGCUGAAGAAGGGGAGCCUGUGGACUGAUUUAUAGCCAGAUGAGGACACACCCAUAAACACUAUAGAGCCUCGGUUCCUGUGCUUUUCACACUCCUUGUUGUCUUCCAUCUUCUGUUUAUCAAACAUCAUUUUGAAAUUAAAUCCUCACAAAUGGUGGUAAUUUUAGUGUUCCAGUUUCUAUGAGCAGAUAUUUCACGUGAAAGAAUAAAAGUAACAACAAAUUGACAAAGACAGAGUGUUGAAACAUGUUUUAAUGCACAUUAAUCCUAUAAUAUCUCGCCCUUCUUCUCAUUUUUAUUUCGUUUUCAUUUGUGACUUAUAGUGUUUUCAAUGUAAACACACAUGUAUUAAUAAAUAAAAGUAAUAUAUAUA